AGCAUCAACUAUCAUCUGAGCUCUUCUAAACUGAUUUACAGGCUCCAGAGAGCAAGGACUCAAGAAAGGCUACCCCCCCAUCCCAAUGGGAACGUUAAUUCAGACCUCAGGAGCAGUGGCAUUGAGGCCUACCCAGAAACCACCCCUGAAUUGCCCCAGCUCCAGUUGGCACAGGACCUUCACUCAGGACAUGGAUGAAAAUUAGCCUGGGCUCUCAAACCCUGGAUCAUCAGACGGGGCAGUUUCCAAUUUGAUCCCUAGGGAUAAGCUCUGCUCCCCAACAUUGAAGACAGGAAAGAAUAGGAGCCAUUUGAAGAUCUCCCUCUGCACACUGGCUCCUGGGCCUCUCUAAGGGACUAUGGAGGGCAACAAGGCUGACAGCCUCACUAUAUAGAAACUGAGGUUCAAAGGAUAGACUCUAUCCUACCCUUCACCCAGAAGCUAAGGAGACUCCUUUGCAAAGGCCUAAACAUGGUUCCCCUACGCACAGCUCCUUCCUCCUUCCAUAAACCCCGUCGCCUUGCCUCAAGGCGUCAGCCAAGAAUUCCAUCGAGUCAGCCACCUCCCAUCCAGGCUGGAGUGAAGCCUCCUAUUCAUGUGCAGAUUUCUGAGCUGCACCGAAAAAUCCAAUUGUUGGAGGGCGACCGUAAGUCCUUCUAUGAGAGCACUCAAUGGACCAUCAAAAAGAACAAGCAAACCAUUAAGCAUCUUCGGGAAGAGAACAAGAUAUCAUACCAUAGGCUGUCAGACAUGCUCAGUGGUGAGGAGAAAGUAGUUCGAUGGGUCAUCAAAGAAUGGAAAGAUGAAAAGUCUCAUCUGAGAAACAAGAAUGGGGAGGAAGCCCUAGCCCUUGUGGAUCAUCGGCUGAAUGAAAAGAUGAAGCAGCUAAAUUCCCUUCGACAUGAAGCAGAACUAAAGCAGCGACGAAUUGAAGAGCUCCAGUUACAGCAUUCCCUUCGAGCUCUAGAGACAAAUGAACUACGGGGCACUGACACUGAGGUGGCAAAGACCACCCGCAACUUAGAAAAUCGACUGGAAAAGGCCAAGCUGAAGGGUGAUGAAGCAGAGAACAUUACUAAAGUUUAUCUGCAGCUGAAGGCCUACAUGCAGGAUGAGAGCCUGAACUUUGAGAACAAACUGGAUGCAAUGGAGGCUGAAGUCAUUCGACUAAGACGUGAGUUCUCAGAACUGCAGGUUGUGAACCAUGAAGCCGAAGUAGCUCGGGACUCUGCCAAGAGCCAACUUCAGAAGCUAGAGGAGAACUUAUUCAAAGAUAGGAAGGAGAGAGAGAAGGUCAUGUUGGAGGCCAAGAAGCGAACAGAAGAGAAGAAGCUUUUGAAUGAGCGGAUUGAGAGGAAGACCCAGCAUCGUGAUCAUAUACCACUUAGAUCUGAAGAAAUUGUAGAUAUGCAGGGAACAAAAGCAGACAUCUUAAAGGGCCGCUGGCACAUGUUCCAGACAGAGAUUGCUUUUGAUAGGAUCAAGGAAGCCACUGGUGUAGCUGAUCCCAAUUCUGUGGUGCGCAGGUUCUUGGCCCAGGGUGAUGCAUUCACACACUUGGAGUCUCUAAGAAAACAGAAUGAUUUGACCCUUGCGAAGCUUAGACAAGAGAAGAAGCAUCUGCAGCAGGAGCUCACUGAGCUCAAGUACGCAGGAGAGACCAAGGCCAUCAGGAAUGAUCAAUUUAUGGCUGAGCUACAAACACAUGUGAGCACCCAGGAGAAACAAGUGGCAGCAGCUAAGGAGGAUCUGGAAAGUACUAUUCGAUCAUUGUUAUCUGCCAAGGCUGGGGUUGAGCAUCUGGCCAUCAAAUUGCAACCCAUCACUGUGGAGAAAAGCCAAUUUGCAAAAAAGGAGCUAAACCCUAAUGCCCCAGAUUAUGUGCUGGAUCUCAUGGCUCAGAAUGAGGAGAAGCUGCUCCAACUUCAGAGUGAUAUGGAGGGGCACGAUGUGCCAGACCUACUGCAUCAUCUUACUGAGCAGGAGUAUUAUGCCAGCCUGGAGGGGAAGCUUCCUGCUUUCAACACCCGCAUCUCACUGCCUUCAGAUACUACCAAGGACAAGUUCUUUGAUGAGGAAGAAAGUGAAGAUGAGACUGGGGAGAUAGUGACCCGAGCAGCCUUGAAGUUCCAGUCUCAGAAACUCAUAGAGUCCAGAAGCAAGAAGAGAGGCCGAUCCCGAAGGCGGUCAUAGGUUCCAUACCCUCCUAGCCUAGCUGCCAGUGCCCCCUUCGGGGCAAGGGCAGUCACAGACCCCAACCUGGACCAGCCCCAGGUUCUUUCUUGAAGGCCCAACUGUUGGACCUAGAUCCUCUCCCCUUCCUCAGGGUGUAGCCAGAGGAUUUGUGUCCCUUCCUACUUAGGAAUUAAGUCUUAGGAGGCUUUUUUCACCCUUAAGGCCUGCAAGAGUAGCAGUGUCCCUGUCCCUUGGGAGGCAGGCCCAAGGCCUUGCUGGUUCAGCUUUGGGGUCGUGGAACUUAAUGCCUGAUUGUUCCCACCAUCAAUCAUAAAUCUCCUGGGGCUGGGGAGGUUGGAGGCCCUGUAUGACACUCAGGGCCCACUGCUCGACUCCCAGUGGUCAUUUUUUAUUUCAGGCAAUAAAAGUUACAAAGGA